AGUUAUAUGUGUUUGUAUUCUUGUAUGAUAAUAUUAGCUUACAUCAGGCCAAUGUAUUGAUAUAUAUGAUAUUUAUUCCACGAAAUAUAAAUGUUUUGUAUCUAAUUUUAUUCUGAAAUCACUUCUAGCAUGAUAGGAAUGUGUUUGUAAACUUCUAACGUGUAGCAGUUCACGUUCCUUUUAAAUUUUAUAUGACAUUACGUUGACGAUUAAAAAUGAUACAAAAUGAUGGAAUACGACUUGUUGAUUCUCGAAGUAAUGCCUAUAAACGGAAUCUCAUCAUUGCAUCAUUAUGCGCCUUCCUUGGGCCAUUGUCGUUCGGUUAUGUAAUUGGGUAUAGCUCACCGGCAAACCCUUCACUUAUAGCCUGGGGUUUUCUAAACGAGGAGCAGUCAACAUGGUUUGCAUCGCUAAUGUCAAUAGGAGGCGUUUUGGGGAGCCCUUUCGUUGCAUUUGUAAUGGAAAAAUAUGGACGAAAAAGAGCCCUUAUCUUCACUAGCAUUCCUUUCAUUUGUGGCUGGUCGUUUAUAUCUGCAGGAAUGAAUGUGACAACAUUUUACAUCGGUCGAAUUCUUUGUGGAAUGGGAUGUGGAAUGAUUAUGUCUUGCACUCCAGUAUACAUUUCAGAGAUGGCUCCUAAAGAGAUCAGAGGUGCGUUAGGGACAUGUGUACAAUUAUCUGUGACAUUCGGAAUCAUGUUUGUUUAUGUAUGUGGAAUGUAUGUGUCAUGGCGACAACUGGCAAAUAUUGGAAUUGUAGCACCCCUCCUAAGCUUUCUACUGAUGCUAUUUAUGCCAGAGACACCAAGAUGGUAUGCACUCAAAAAUCGUAAACAGGAUGCAUUGAAAGUGUUGACCUGGUUGAGAGGUCCAGAGAGUGACAUUGAAGACGAGUAUCGUGAUAUUGAGGACAGUAUGGACCCUAAUGAAACCAUGUCUUGGAGAGAAUUCAAACGGCCAGAACUAUAUCAGCCAUUAAAAGCUGCUAUUGGACUUAUGAUUUUUCAACAAAUGACAGGAAUAAACAUUGUUAUGUUUUAUACAGUAACAAUAUUUGAGAGUGCUGGAUUUAAGAAUGGAAAUCAAUCCACAGUAAUCAUUGGUGCUGUUCAAGUGAUUGGAACAUUAUUCUCUUCUUUAAUAAUAGACAGAGCUGGAAGAAGAACACUGCUUCAAAUUGGUGGACUUGGGAUGACAAUAGCAUGUUUUAUAUUUGGCGGUUUCUACCAUGUCAAAUCAGAGGCUGGUUGGGUAGCUGUUGGGAGCCUUGUGUUGUUUACAAUGUCAUUUGCGAUUAGCUGGGGUCCCAUUCCAAUGUUGAUGAAUUCAGAAAUCUUCCCAGUAAGGGCACGUGGAACAGCUAGUAGCAUUUCAUGCUUCACCAAUUGGCUUGUGGGUUUCAUCAUCACAAAGCAGUUCAUUUUAAUGCAAGAAUCUCUGGGACAGGAUGGGACAUUUUGGUUGUUUGGAUUAUUUUGCUUUAUUGCCACUAUUUUUGUGUGGAAAACUGUGCCAGAAACAAAAGGUAAAUCCUUGGAGGACAUUGAGCUAUACUUCCUUGGACGUGCAAUGAGGGGAAUAUAAUCUAAAUUGGGAACAUCCAGGUAGUAAGUGAUUGGAGGUAAACCAUAUGGCAGUACAGGGUGAGAAAAGGUAGAUGAUGUCGGACCAGCAAUGUGUUUAUUUCUGAAAGUUACUUGUCUUGAAACUUGAUGUAAUACAUACCCAUAAUUGGAAUUUAAAUGUUAGAAUGAUUUAUACUUAAAAGUGAACUGUAAACAAAGUUUUAUGAAAAAUCUGCAUGUUUUAUUUUUGAUUAUUUCCAAAGAAUGGUAUAUUUUCUGUAUAUAGUUCAUUGAUUUUGCAUUUCAUUAUUGUUUAGUUUAUAUUAAACCUACAUUCUUUCUUUCCCCAGAAUUUGCAAUUCCAGUGGAAUCAGAAGAUUAUGAUUCUUCAUAGAAAUGACUAAGUACUGUGUUGUUCAACAUGUAUGAAGAAACAUAAAGCAUAUCAAUUUAGACAUUUGCUCCGAAAUUACUAUACUGACAUUUUGGC